CGCGUGCGCAAGACCCCGAUGGGUGCCCGGACGCGGAAGACUUGGCCGCGCGGAGGUUCUCGCUUCUGAAGCGUGGGAGGCAGGUUGUAGAUUUUGGUCUUGGCCCCAAGGGGUUCCCCCGGGCCACUGGAAUCCAAGAGAGAAAGAGGAGGCACCGAGUCGGCGGCUGGCCGAACCCCCCACCUGUCCUCUAGGCAGGGAGGGGGGUCAAGGAGGGGAGAAGCACCGAUUACCGGGCUGAGGAGCCUCCGGGACCGGGUCCCUGAGCAUGGGGGGCUGGACCAGUUCCCCGAGCAUGGGGAGCUGGAGCCACCGAGGCCGCCCGGCCGGGCCCUGCCCGACUGUCAGCUCCUCGGUGCUAGUGCUGCCCCGGCAGCCGGGUGUCUGUAGCCCGGCCCCGCUUGAGGUCGUCGGCCGAAAGAUAGCAGCAUGAGUUCCGCCGCUGCCUAGUUUCCUCCCCAUCUUCUCUUCCCCCUCUGUCCUCCUCCUUCCUCUCCUUCCUUUCUCCUCUUCCCCGUACCUCGUCCUUCUUUCCCUCCACCCUGCCCUCCUCCUUUCAUCCUGUCUUUUGCUUCCUUUCCCCCUCUUCAUCAUUUCCCCCUUUGUCCUCCUGCUUUUCCAUCUAUCCCUUUUCCCUGCCUCUUGCUGUUACCUCCUUCCAUCCAUCUCUCUCCUCCUUCCUCUUCCUUCUGUCACCCUCCACAACCUCUCCAUCCCCUUCCCCUCCCUCACUGUCAUCCUCCCUUCCUCAUCCUCACCCUCCUUCCCUCCUCCUCCUCUCCUGCUUUUCUCCGCCCUAGCCCCCGCCCCCAAGCCUCCGCCCCUUAAGCCCCCGCCUCCAGCUCACAGUCCCCAGCAGCUCAGUCCUGCAGCGAGAGAGUCUUGGGAGUCCAUAGCUAAGCACCAGGAGCUGAGCACUGUCCGUUGUGCCUGCCUGCAAGUCGCCGACAUGGCUCAGGAGAAAAUGGAGCUGGACUUUGAGCCUGACACAUCUGAUGGGGGCACCCUGAGGAGAUCCAACAGCGCUCCCCUGAUCCAUGGGCUCAGUGACCUUUCACAGGUUUUUCAACCUUACACAUUUAGAGCUCGGAGGAACAGUACAACGAUCAUGAGCCGUCACAGCUUGUUGCUGUCAUCCUCACCUAAUCGUGUUCCUAGCAGCAGACUGCAUCAAAUCAGAAGGGAGGAAGGCAUGGAUAUAAUGAACAGAGAAACUGCACAUGAAAGAGAAGUGCAAACCGCAAUGCAGAUAAGCCAAUCGUGGGAUGAGAGCUUGAGCCUGAGUGAUAGUGAUUUUGACAAGGCGGAGAAAUUAUAUUCUCCAAAAAGGAUUGACUUCACUCCGGUUUCUCCUGCACCAUCACCCACCAGAGGAUUUGGAAAGCAAUGUUUUUCACCAUCCUUACAAAUGUUUGUGAGCAGCAGUGGGCUGCCACCAAGUCCCAUUCCUAGUCCAAGACGCUUUUCCAGCAGGAGAAGUCAGAGUCCAGUCAAGUGCAUUAGGCCCAGUGUUCUUGGUCCUCUUAAAAGAAAAGGUGAAAUGGAGACUGAAAGCCAGCCCAAGAGGCUCUUCCAGGGCACUACCAAUAUGCUGUCUCCGGAGGCUGCACAAUUAUCUGACCUCAGUUCAUGUUCAGAUAUUUUGGAUGGCAGUAGUAGCAGCAGUGGCUUGUCCUCAGACUCACUGGCUAAAGGCAGCACAACCGCCGAGCCUCCAGUAGCAUGCUCCAAUUCAUGCUCUCCGUUCAUCUUGAUGGAUGAUCUCUCACCCAAGUGACUUACCCAUUUCUGAUUCUAACUGCUGUUUCCUACAUAAAACAUUCAGUGAGGAACGCAGAGAACUUUGAUCCAUAAUGAGGAUUAAAGUGUUAACCGAUCUAAAUCAGUUUGAUGCCAUUCUUUUUUGGCACCUCCCUUCUCUAAAGUUCGAUUUUAUGACUGUAGUGACCUUACUUAUGUCUCCUUUUGCUGAUCUCAUUUUGAAACAAGUGACUAAAUCUCAAAUACUCAUUUUUGAUUGCUUAGAGUAUAUGUAUAAAAAUAUUUUUUCUCAGUGCCUGAAAGAGCACCUAUUUUAGAGUCUAUACAUUUAAGGAAAGCACUGAUAUGUAUUUUCAAUAAUGAUAUGUGAUUUCCCAGCAGUCACAUGACAGCUCGAGUUGAUCAGAAAUUCUCUUGCUUGAGAGAUUUUUUUUUUGUUCUCUUAACUACAUAGUUUCAAAUCUCUUUAUUUCACGAUAAUAGAUGGAUUGCUUUUGAUUAUAUUAAAUUUUUAUUUCCCUGCAUCAGCUUAAAGUACAUUAUUUUGUUUCCCUUUCCUGUUUGAGCUGCUUCCUUGCCAUUUCUCACCGAGGGGAAAAGACAUGUCGUGGCUUUCAUUACUGUCCAUACCGCUUCUUUGCUGUUGGAGUGUGUGACGCGAGGAUCGAUUUUAGUGCUGAGACUGUAAAUGGACUUACAAGACGCCUGAAUUAGUCACCACAGCUUCUUCCGACUUAGCUACCACAGUUGAUAUUUUUCUCUCCUCAAGCCUGUUGCCCUAAGGAAUAUAUAAAAUAUUGUUAAUGUUUCCAGGUGGUGUUAUCAAGGAGAAGAAAUUCCCGCCUUGACCAGAUGUGUGGAGCAUCUACAAAUGAAUGAAUAAUGUUAUUUACACACAAACCACUGUGUAGAAAAGUGUACAUGGAGCUUGACAGCUUGUCUCGGGUGGUUGUAAUGAGGCCUGAGGUGCCUUGGGGCACAGAUAGAUCACAGACAGAUAGAUCACAAGGUAGGGUAGACAAGGGGCUUUAUGUAUCUUACUGCCACAUACUGUUUCAAUUGCUGCUUUUUUCUGAUUCCUUUUUUUGUCAUCGGGGUCGUUUGUUUUGUCGUGUGAUGAGUGGUGUGGCCGAUCUUGUUUUGGUUAUUGUGUUGCUACCAGAAUCCAAAUCCAGUUCUUGCACCUGCUGCCUUAUGGUAAAGGCAGUUUAAUCUCUACGAGGAAGCUUUUAGGAGCUGCAAGAGUCAAUGUCAUUGUGCAUCCUGCUUUUAAGAAGCUGUUUGAGCUGUCAGCAGUGUCCAUGAUAGUAAGUCUGCAGUACCCUACGUUAUUUAACGUUUAAAAGAGGAAAAUCCUGGUAGAGCUGUUUCAAAAACCUGAGUGUAAUUUACUGCUGUGUUAUUUAUUAUUUAAAACUGUGUAAACAUGUCUGUUGUGAUAGAUUGCUUUUAAUGUUCGGACAUCGUGGUUGAAUUGACUGUAUUUAAUAUGCAAAUUUGCCUACUAGGCCCAUAAUAUUCCAUUUUAAAGUGAAUGUAAGAAAUGAAAACUACUGCAUUUGUGUCUUUUGAAGGCAGAGAUCCUUGACUUUUGAGGGAAGAUGAUGCGCUUUGAGGGUACUCACAGACUGGCAAUCCUGUAGGGCUUGAAGGGAACCCUAUUCUCUUUGAAUUAUAAGAGAGCUUCACUUAGCUUGCAGGAAGUAGUUCUGUGACAGCAUCAGCUGUGUUGUUUAUUUUAAAUCAUGAUAACGUCCACCAUAGCCAUUAAUGACUUUAUUUCUCAUAUUGACUUCCACCUGUGCAAUGUCCACAAUCCUUCCAACCUAACAUGAAUAAAUAUUAUGAAGAUUGUUCUCUAGUAUGCCAUUUUAAAGAAGAAUCACUUUGAUGGUAUUCAGUGUAUUUAUUCUGGUUGUGAAAGACCCAUGUUCAGAGUGUCUGCCUGUAUAAAACUGAGAAAUGGUCUUCUCUUAUAGGAUAUUUAUCCACCUGCUCUCUACUGUCUUCUUUGCCUUAAAGGGACACUUUUGGCCAUCAUUUUUUGGCUCUAAUUUACGGCUCUUAAGAAAUAACCUUUGGAAUGUGAUGAUGUUUAAAUUUAUUUUUGAAAUUCACUGGUGGGGUAGAAUUGGGUUAGGAAAAUGAAAUUGUUCCAAUAGUAUGAGAACUAGGAGGCAAGAUGAUUCACUUUACUGUUUAAACCAAGGUUCAUUUUUAUUGGUUAAAGUGACUAGAAAGUUAAGUUUGUGCAGGGAUUGUUUUGAAUAAAUAAAAGAUAGAGAUGCUAACCUUCAGAUGAGCUUUGUUGACAGUACUCCUUUAUUUUUAUAUAAAGUCUAAUAUUUGAAAAGUGAUCAUUGUUAUAAAGUAAAAUUCUCUCUUCCUAUUCUAAUAAUAUAUCAUGUUCCAGGCUUCUAUUUGAAAACAAGUAUAAGAGAUGAUAUGAUAAGAAAAUUUAAUAGAUGCUCUUUUUGCUUGACUGACUUAUAUAAUCACUGUGUUUCAUGAUAACUGCUUUUGGAAUAAUAGGAAGUUUUGUGAAAUGCUGGCCUUGUGUAUAUCUUAGAAUGCAAAUUUAAUAAAAUGUGUACACAUGCAUAAAA